GGCGUGUGCAGUGCAGCAGGGACACGCAGAUGCGACGAGUUGCCGGGCAGCUUUGUCUGUCAAUGCCAAGUUGGCUACACUGGCCCCCUGUGCGAGGUGGACAUCCGGGAGUGCGACAGUAUGCCGUGCAGGAACGGUGCAACGUGUACAGACCUGAUCGGUGCAUUCAGCUGCAGCUGUGCACGGGGAUACACCGGGUCUACAUGUGAGAGUGAUAUUGACGAUUGUGCAGGGAUGCCGUGCGGUGACCGCGGAAACUGCACCGAUCUCCUGGAUGAUUUCAACUGCAGCUGUGAAGCAGGAUUCUCGGGCACCGCAUGCACGAUCAAUGUUGACGAAUGUGAGAGCAACCCUUGUGCCAACGAUGGCACUUGUAUGGACCUGAUCAACGACUUCAAUUGCACCUGUUCACCAGGUUACAGUGGUGUGCGCUGCUCUAUGGAUAUUGAUGAGUGUGAUAGUAUGCCAUGUGAGAACAAUGGGACGUGCACCGAUCUGGUGAGCUCCUUCAACUGCACCUGUCCGACUGGCUUUACCGGCGCCGUUUGCCAGAACAACACAGAUGACUGUGCCGGCAAUCCCUGCCGCAACAACGGUACUUGUUUGGACGGCGUUGCUGCGUUUGCCUGCCGCUGUGCCGAUGGCUACGAGGGUGAUCAGUGUGAAGUGAACAGUGACGAGUGUGCUGAUGGGCCCUGCAAGAACGAGGCAAACUGCACGGACCUCGUGAAUGCGUAUAGCUGUGACUGUGCAGCGGGCUAUACGGGCGCCCAGUGCCAGACAGAUGUGGAUGAUUGUGCCCCAGACCCAUGUCGGAACGCUACAGCAUGCGUGGACCGUGUGAAUGGAUUCGCUUGCAGCUGUGUCAAUGGCUACACUGGUGAGCGCUGUCAGACUGACGUUGACGAUUGCGCCGGAACGCCGUGUGAAAACGACGCCACUUGCACAGACUCUAUCGGCACGUUCAGCUGCCGCUGUGCAAACGGAUACACUGGUGAUCGCUGUCAGACUGAUAUCAAUGAGUGUGAAGGUAUGCCAUGUGAAAACAACUCAUCGUGCGUGGACUUAGUCGAUGGCUUCAACUGCACGUGUGCAGCCGGCUAUGAAGGCAGCCUGUGCUCAGUGAACACGGACGACUGUGCUGCGUCUCCGUGCAGGAAUAACGGCACGUGCAGUGACGGUGUUGACGAGUACAUGUGUACGUGUGCACCUGGAUAUACUGGCUUGCAGUGCGCUACGGAUGUUGAUGAAUGUGCCAAUCGGCCGUGUGUGAAUGGUGGUACGUGUAACGAUGGUGUCCACAGCUUCUCCUGCAGCUGUAUGGAUGGGUAUAGUGGGCCGACCUGCUCGGAGGACAUUGAUGAAUGUAUCAGUGAGCCGUGCAUGACCAACAGCACAUGCAUAGACCAGGUGAACAACUUCACAUGCAACUGCAGUGAAGGCUUUGAGGGACGGCUGUGCGAUAUCAAUACUGACGAUUGUGCGUCAGACCCGUGCUUGAACAAUGCAAGCUGUGCGGACCUCAUCAACAAUGUCGCCUGCACGUGUGCGGAAGGCUAUACGGGGCGAUGGUGUGCGAUCGACGUUGAUGAAUGCACUUCUGACCCCUGCCUGAACAACGCAUCAUGCAUCAAUCUACGCAACAACUUCUCCUGUGCCUGCGCAGAGGGCUUCGAGGGACGACUGUGUGAUGUUGACAUCAAUGACUGUGCACCAAAUCCGUGCCUAAAUGAUGGCACAUGUACGGACCGUGUAAACAACUUCUCGUGUCAAUGUGCUGAUGGCUUUGAGGGCUAUCGUUGUCACAUUGAUACAGAUGACUGUGCUGAGAACCCAUGCAGAAACAGUGGCACGUGCAGUGACAUGGUAGCUGCUUACACAUGCCAGUGCAUUGCGGGCUGGUCUGGCAUGAACUGCUCACAGGACGUGGAUGAGUGCAGUCUGGGUGUGCCGCCGCUGACAGGAGAGCCGGCAUGCCACGCGAACGCUACGUGCAAGAACGUGGCCGGCUCGUUCUUGUGUGACUGCACGGCUGGUCUGACGGGAGAUGGCGUGACAAACUGUACAGAUGUGGACGAGUGCUUGUCACCACAGUUGCACAACUGUGAUGUGCUGCACAGUGCCGGUGGUGAUGCUGGUGGUGGACAGUGCCACAACACGCUCGCUUCUUUCUUCUGCUCGUGUGUUUCCGGUUACUAUGGCAAUGGUGUUCAGUGUUCGCCGUGCAAUUGUUCACUGGCGGGUACGAACGACACGGUCUGUGACCACCUCUCCGGACAGUGCCAUUGUAAGGCGUUCACCGAAGGACAGCACUGUGACGUGUGCAUGGAUGGCUACUUCAACCUGACAGCCGGUGAUGUCGCGGGCUGUCGGCCAUGUCAGUGUCACGGUAACGGCUCGGAGCAUUUCACUUGUGGCAAGACUAGUGGUGAGUGUCGCUGUGCGACGGGUUAUGCGGGUGCGCAGUGCGAUCAGUGUGCCGACACGUACUACGGCUUUCCGUCGUGUGUAGCGUGCGAGUGCAAUACGGCUGGCCAGUCUGGCAGUGCACACGGUGCGUGUAGUGCGGAAACCGGGGAAUGCUCACACUGCAAGACACGGGUGGAGGGGAGACGGUGCAAUGCUUGCCAGCCUGGAGCGUACAACUUGACGUUGACCAAUCCCGACGGCUGCGACCUAUGUGCAUGCAAUACUGCCGGCAUUGCCUCUGCUUCUGGUUUAUGUGAUCAACUGACAGGUGUUUGCACGUGCAAGAAAUAUGUUGAGGGUGCCAAGUGUGACGCAUGCCAGUCUGGCUACAGUGAUCUUCAACAGUCCAACCCAGACGGCUGUACCUUCAUUGACUAUUGUGAGACAGUAAGCAAUACGUGUAUGAACAGCGCCACGUGCUGGCCAGUGCGGGGCAACUUCACCUGCAGUUGCAGCGCCGGGUUCACGGGCCGAUUGUGUGAGAUUGAUGUGGAUGAUUGCAUGCUGUACAACGCAACACACGGCAGUGCAGCCUGUGACAAUGGCGGAAUGUGCGUUGACGGUGUUCACACGUUCACGUGCCAGUGUGCGAUGGGCUAUACCGGUGAGCGUUGUCAGACCGACACGGAUGAGUGCUCUUCUCGGCCCUGCCAGCACAGCUCCGCUUGUCUGGACGCGGUAGCGGGAUACACAUGCAAUUGUAUGGCUGGAUUUACUGGUCUGCACUGCGAAUCCGACAUCAAUGAAUGUGCCUCCGAGCCGUGCAAGUCGAAUGGAACAUGCCAUGAUCUGAUAGCCGAGUACACGUGUGAAUGUCCUGCAGGAUUCACUGGUUCCCAGUGCCAGAGUGAUAUUGAUGAAUGUGAACUGCUGGGCUACCCGUGUCUGAAUAGUGGCACCUGUCAAGACCAGCUCAAUGGCUACGCUUGCCUGUGUCCAACCAGCUUCAGUGGUCCAAAUUGCUCCGUAGAUAUCACCAAUUGUGAGGCCACGCCGUGCACGCUCAACACACAGGAGUGCAGGAUAUUGAUUACUGGCUUCAUGUGCAAAUGUAAAGCCGGCUUUACGGGCCACACCUGUCAGACCAACAUAGACGAAUGUGGCUCGGGGCCAUGUCUUAACAGCGCAACAUGCACGGAUGACGUCAACGGGUUUACGUGCGCGUGUGCAGACGGUUACAAUGGCACUCUGUGCGACGAGGACGUCAAUGACUGCUUUGACGGCGCGUGCUCUGGAAACGGCGCAUGCCAGGACUCGGUGAAUGACUACUCGUGCCGGUGCCAUCCAGACUUCACUGGCCGGCAAUGCCAGAGUGAGAUAGAUGAUUGCAAGAAUCACAGCUGCAGUAGCAGUGCAACUUGUAUUGACGAUAUUGCCAGCUAUGUGUGUGCAUGUGCCCCUGGCUAUACUGGCACAUUCUGCAAGACCAACAUCAAUGAAUGCCUGUCGAGGCCGUGCAAAAACGACUCCACCUGUGUUGACGGCACUGCAGCGUAUAGGUGUGUCUGUGCAGAAGGCUAUACCUCGGCUGACUGCAGUGCAGAGGUUGAUGCAUGUGAGAACGUUACGUGCCAUAACGGUGCGACGUGCAGGAAUGAACGUGUCCGCUACGUGUGUGAUUGUCCACAAGGCUAUACUGGCCAACAAUGUGAGACCCUGUUUCCGUGCCAGCGGUCUCCAUGCGCACUGAACGCCACUUGCUUCGAUGAAGUUAACGAGACUACACUCACGUAUCGAUGUCUGUGCCCGGCAUUCAGUACCGGUGCAAACUGCUCAGUGUCGGUAACACCCUGUGACUCCCAGCCGUGUAAGAAUGAUGCGACUUGUGAGGAUGUUGGUGAGGGCCACCAGUGUCUGUGCAGUGCUGGAUUUACGGGCCGGGAUUGCGUUACGCCAUUGCCAGCGUGCCAUUCCUCCCCAUGCCAUCCCGAUGCAAGAUGUGUAGACACUGCUAACAACACACGGUUCACAUGCACAUGUCCUGUGUUGCUAACCGGCACGCUCUGUGAGUCUGCGUUCGACCCAUGCAGUGCGCUGGAUCCGUGCGCAGGAAAGGAUAGUAGUUGCAUGAAUACAACUAACAAUACGAUGGGUUACGUGUGUGAGUGUAGCCUGACAAGAACGGGCAGCCAAUGUGAGACAGUUCUCGAUCUGUGUGCAGACGCGUACUGCGCUGCCGGUGCUUGUACGCAGUCGGAUGACGCCGUGUUCUGUAAUUGCUCUGUGGGCUUCACUGGCGAUCGAUGCCAGACGCAGGUGGAUCAGUGUGAAGCAAUGCCUUGCUCGAACAACGGCACAUGCAACAGCACGCUGAAUGGGUUCACGUGUACCUGUCCGGCAGGCUUCACUGGCCAGCGAUGCGCGACGGACAUUGCAUUUUGUUCCAGUGAUCCGUGCUUUAACCAUGGCACGUGUGUCGAGCACACGCAUACGUGCGAUUGCAGUGCAAUGUUCACUGGGGACAUGUGUCAGACCCAGAUUCUCAACUGUAGCGUCAUGAACCCAUGCUGGAACAACGGUACCUGCGUGCAGGACGGCUUCGACUUUGGCUGCAAGUGUCCCAAUUGGACGGCCGGUGAGUUCUGUGAGAUUGUGGCAUACCCGUGCCGGUCCUCGCCGUGUCUUCACAAUGCACCGUGUGCUGCAACACGCUACCUACUCGUGUCCGGGGCCGUGUCGGCAUCUACUGAUGCAGCACCGGUGACGUCGUCCAACUUCACCUGUGAUUGUGCUCAAGCCGACGGCCGCUGGAGUGGAGUUUUGUGCCAGAAUGAUGUGGAUGAGUGUGAAGAAGACGCACAUUCCUGCCAUGAGCUGGCCACGUGUAUGAAUACACCCGGUGACUAUCAGUGUCAAUGUCAGUAUGGUGCCACUGGCAAUGGCACACACUGUUCUGUGAUCACCUGUCCAGUCCCUGGUGCUAGCAAUGGCAGUCGAAUUCUCAAUGUCACUAGCCUGGCCGCUGCGCUCACUGUGGACACUCAGGUGCACUCGCAAUGCCUGGACGGCCACGUAUCCGUAUCUGGAGACACAGUGCGUACGUGCCUGUCAACAGGCAACUGGAGCGGUAUGCCGCUGGCAUGUACAUCGCAUGGCGCGAGUGUCCUCGACGCAUUGAGCAAGGUCGAAAUCACUUCCCCGGAAAUGGCGGAUGCUGUUGUCAACCAAUCCCUGGCCGUCGUGGUAGAUCCGGCGUCACUGUCCGACUCAGUUGUAAUGUUGGCAGUGUCCGUUGUGGAGAAUAUUGUUGCUAGUCAAGUGGCCAGUCCCGAGGCUGAAGAGAGGAUUGUUACCCUGGUAAGCAACUUGAUCGAUGUCAAUACCAGCCUCCUACGACAGAGCAAUACAGCUACGAGGUUAAUUCACAGCAUCGAAGAGCUUGGCCGCACGAUGGACUCACAACACCUGACCAGCAUGAACGUCGAUAUCCGUGCUGUCGCCGUACAGUCCGACAGCACCUUUGAGGGUCUGCAGUACUCCCAAGCACAAGCUGACAGCUUCACGGCAUCGAGUGGUGGUGUGCGGCCACCAAGCGAGUCGGGAGGUGGCGAUGCAUUCGACGUCUCAAUAACUAUCCCACCGGGACUGUGCCGCCAGGAGUCCAUCCAGUGUGCAGGUCAAUCCAUUGUCUUCAUUUCAUAUGCAAGCGAUAAGUUAUUCUCCGAUGGAACGCUUGAAAACCGCUCGUUACAGCUUCAGCACGGUAUCAUAUCCGCUUCAAUAGGAAACAUCAGCGUCAAGCAGCUCUCCGAAGGAAAUGAAGUGUCGGUGAGCUUCAAGAAAUCCGCCAGCGAAGGCAGUGCUUCAUCUGAAUGUGUAUACUGGGAUUUCUCUGCUAAUGGUGGACGCGGUGGUUGGAGUUCAGAAGGCUGCCGUUACGCCGAGGCCAGCCUGCAGGCUGGUGUACAUACCUGCCGUUGCUCUCACCUCACUAACUUUGCUUUGCUGCAGUCGGAAUCGGUGAUUGAUGGCAAGUUGGCGCCGGUCUCAUUCGCUGUCAUGGUGGUUGGCUGUGCCGUCACACUGGCAGGAGCUCUGGCAACCAUGAUGGUAUUCAUCUGCAGUAGGAUGCUGCGCACAUCCGAGUUUGGCCAGGUUAUCCUUCACCUGAGUGCCGCACUGCUGAUGUUGUGUAGCGCAACGGUGGGCGUAGCAUUCAGCACGCCCGACACGGCACGGGACACUCGCAGUGGCGCCUGCUCUGCAUUCGCAGUGCUCGUCCACUACUUCUGCUUGGCCCUGUUUGCCUUCACAAUCGCCGACACGUACGCAAUACACCAGCGCAUCGUCGAUGUCUUCGGCAGAGCCACCAAGCACUUUGUCUGGAAGUCGGGCCUCGUCGGAUGGGGUGUUCCUGCACUGAUUGUUGCUAUCACGGCAGGAGUGGACGACGGGGCAUAUAGAGACUCCUCGUUCUGCACAUUAUCAUCACCAGCAUUCUAUGGUGCUUUGUACGGCCCUGUCAUCCUGGCCAUUACCAUCAAUUCUCUAGUCUACAUUGUCAUCUUCGUGGAGCUUCUUAGAGAGCGUCGCCAGCGUAACUCCUACCAUGUCAACAGGGAGCCAAUAUCUCACCGAAAGGACGACAAAUCGCAUCGCAUGCGCUGGUCGCUCUUCCUUCGAUCACUGUGGCUGAACGUGAUUAUCGCACUGACUUGGCUGGUGGGCUUACAGGCGAUGGGUAGCAGUUCUGCCAUGCUGCACUAUGCGUUCACGGUGUGCGGUGUCCUGCAGGGCGCUUGCCUGUUCAUUGUCCACUGCUAUAUGAGCAAGGACAGUCGCAAGGAAGCAAAGCACACCGUAAACCGCAUCGCUGACAAAGUGACUGCUGCGUCCAAGCAGUUUGAUCUAACUGCUGAGAAGACAUUGUCUCAGCCGCACUGUCAGCUACAGAAUGCUGCCAGCUUGGCUUCAGUCGUGUCCAGCGAUCUCUCCGUUGGCAGCAUGGAGAUGAGGAGGCUGAGUCCACUGGGUGCAUCUGAUACAAACAUUAGCCAGGCGCCUGUCCCCGGUGUUGUAUCUGCCCCCAUUCCUCAGUCAUCCCUAGUUAUUGUGAAUAAUGCCCUUUUCGGCUCGUCUCCGUUGUCAUCCAAUAGCUCGCAGCUAUCGGAGGUAGACAUCGAUGAAGCAGUCAAUCAGCACACUACACACAUUGACAUCGAUGAAGCUAUUCGCCGCCGGUCUGCUACGCUGGCACCUCAACGCACUGUUCCUGCAGCAAGAACACCUCAGGCACAGUUAUCUGCCACCAGCUCGCCGAAAGUACAGAAGAAGCUACGCGGUGCACUAAAGAAAGCCUCUGGUAGCCGCUCGGGUAGCCUGAAACGCCUGCGUAAGAAGUCGGUAUCGUGGAAGCUUCAAUCAGACCAUACUGUGAAUGACAACGCAGCAGUGGACAGUGGUGACGACGCUCAUCAGAAACAGCCAAAGCAUCAAACGCCAUCCAGUCUAGGUGGCAGACGUGCCCAACGCCAGAAACUCCAAGGAAAUGACAGUAACAUGAAGCAGCCAACGGCUAGAAGCUUCGGGUCAGCUAACAGCCACUCCAAUGGCGUGUCGACGAAGGAUAAACCUCCCAAACAGUAUCCGGACAAGUACACGAUUCACAACAGCUGGUCAGGUCAUGGCAAACUACCUGUGCUCACCAAACUAUCUGCUGACAAGAGAUCACCAAAGGCGGAUGGAAGCGCAGCCAGUGGUCAGUCUCUGCCACCUCAGCGUACACCCCCUACACUGCGCACCAAGCCCAACAAGGGCCGCAGGACAUCGGCAAACGGCCUGGGAGGUCUGGCCGGCUGGCAAGCAAACAGCAACGGCUCUACCGGUCAGAAUGGUGCUUCGGCGACUGCAGCGCCCCAUCACCGUCGCCGAGUGUCACCCCUGCCCGUCUCCAUUAUGAAGCGCUUGUCUGUGACCAGUGACCUGGAGGUGCCCAACUCUGGCCUGAGUACUCCUGCUGGUACAGCUACGCCUGGCUUGCACUGGAAUGUCAGUCGAUCGCCUGAACCGUCCGUACUGGAGAACAGUGAUGAUAGCUGCAGUAGCAUGGCACCUAGUGAGGAUGAGGACGCAAGCGGAUCAUCAGACACGUGCAAUGACACGAUUUCCAGUGCGAGCGGGCAAGGCUCACUACGUCCAACACCGCUCUCUGACUCAAUCCUAGCCCCGGCUGAAAAUGGCGAUGCCACUACAGCAUCUGCAGCGGCCACAGCUGCUGCUCAGAACUGGGCUUUCGGCCAGUCGGUUGUUGAGCGACUGCAAAGCCAUCCGGUCGUGGAUGAUGUUUUUGGUGAGACGACCAGUGAGGCAACAAUCACUCCCGAUUUGCAGUUGACCAAAGGGGACACUGUCAAUGGGAGCCAGGGAGCUGGCGAUCGCUCUGGUGCGGACUGGCGCUAUCACACUACUUGUAUAGACACUGAGCUGUGAUGUGAUGAGCCGAUGUGUGUGUGUGUGUGUGUGUGUGUGUGUGUGUGUGUGUGUGUGUGUGUGUGCGCGUGUGUGUGCAUGUGUGCGUGUGUGUUUUCGUGCGCGGAUGUGUGCCUGUGGCUGAAUAUUCCCAAGUGUGUACUUCUUCUUGAGGCUCUGUAUCAUAUCUCCUUCUUCCUCGCUCCCAUCAUCCUUUUCCCUCCCUUUCAUCACCUCCCUUCUCUCUUCCUCGCAUACUCAUACCCCCCGUUGAGACCUUACCAUUGAGGCAGAGUUGUUCAUCUUGACUCUGUGAGAGAACUCUGCCGCUUUACUUACACCUGACCCACUGACUUUAGAUGUUGAAAUAUAUUUUAUGUACAAUGUAUAAGGGGACAGGUUAAAAAAAGGCAUGAUUGCUUCUUGCAUGCCUAUUUUGAGUGGAGAACAUUUUGUAUCCGGAUAGCCGGAUAUUUCAGUUCUUUACCCCGUGGUGUAUACACGUACAUAACGUUUGUAUUAUUAUCUCUAAAAGGACGAAUGGAAAGUCCCCGCCACGUUCUCCAUGCUCCAUCUCAGAUUGCUUGCGCUGUAUUAGGAAAAUGUUUAUUUAUGUGGUAGCGGAUCGCUGCUUCCACUUCUUGAAUGCUCUGACACUGCCAUGAUGUAGCAUGCUUGUGAGCUGGUGCUGUAGCUAGGAGACAGAGAUAUUCUAUUAGCAGGAUCUUAUUACGAAAUAGUUUAUGUUUGUAUCCGUAUUUUUAUCAGUAUGAUAAUUAUAUUAUUACGAUAUUCAUCUCGUUUUACUUUGGCAAGUUUGCUUGAGUACUGUUGCGUUUUCUUCCUACAAAUGACAAACUUUCAUUUAUUGGUGCCGAUAGUUCUGGUACAUCCGUUAUCAAGAGUACAUUAACCAGAGUGUGCAGCUCUGGGAGAAUCA